GUGGCAAAAUAGGAAAGAUAAAGUAAAGGAUGAUCAAAUUAGAGCUAAUAUGGGAGUAGCACCGAUACAGGUUAAGCUUUAAGGUGGCAUGGUCAUGUUCAAUAGAGGCCUUUCACUGUUUCAAUACAAAGGAGUAAUUUGAUUUAGAUUGAAGGAACUGAAAAUCCAGGGGUAGACCUAAAAUGACCCUAGGAGAAAUGGUGAGAGAAGACAUGCAUAGCAUAGGCCUUGUAUCAAGUAUGACCUCGAAUAGAGCUGAUCGAGGGCAAGGAUCCAUGUAGUCGACCCCAUUUAGUUAGGAUUAGACUGAGCUGUUGUAUAGAUUAGGUAUGGUCCGUAUGGAAUCCACUGGCAUGAUUUAAACAGAGUUCCUCGGAACUCCUGGGAAGAAUAGAAAUUAAUCACUCACAUUUUUUUUUCUACCAAGAAUUUUUUUGAAACCCUUUGUCUCCCGAAUUUUGGAUUAUCCUACUUUCACGUGAUUCAUAGGGUCAACAAGCAAUCGAUAUUUCACGAUCAAGUAUUUCAUGAUCAGACAUGAUAGCCUUCUGAUUUCCUUCCCCGAAAUGGAAGAGUUGGAACUAUUUAGUUCUGUCCUAAAUUUAGGCAUAGAACUUAUCAUGCCAUGUUCCAUUGGAAUGGAUUUGUCAUCAGAAGUGAAAUCUUCCCCUUGUGUUUCUUCAGUUGAUUCUGCUGUAGUACAUCCUCUUUCAUCUGUUAUUGACACCACAGAUAGUUCUGUUAAGCUGCAAAAUUCACACCCUUCACAUGCACAUCAUCAUUACAAUCUUAGUCGUGCAAUGUUCUUAAGACGCUCACGGCAUAACUAUAGCAAUCAUUACUCUCAGCGAAACUCAGGUAGCCAUGCUGAUACAUUAGGCUCACUAUGCAAGGGUGCUUCUCCAUUGUGUGAUGAGAAACUUUCUUUCAAGUUAGCUAGUCGAUGCAGCUCAGAGUCUGGAUAUCAUGGAGAGAGAAGGCCUUUCCAUGGACCAGACAGAAUAAGGUGCAGUCCCUUGGUAAGGGAUGCAGCAUCGCCUGAUGCAGCUAAGAUGGUGUGUGGCAUAUGUAUGAAGCUGUUAAGACGUAAAGCUUAUGCUUUGGGAAACACAAUGUCGUCUAGUGAUCUGGCUGUUGUUGCAGUCUUAGUUUGUGGCCACGUUUAUCAUGCGGACUGCUUGGAGCAGAGAACAUCUGAGGCUGACAAACGGGAUCCCCCAUGUCCAUUGUGUGUUGAGUGGUCUUCAAAGGUCGAUUCCUUUGGAGGACAGGAGUGAAUUGUACAGAUGACUUUUUCUUUAUUCAGGUCUCUGAUUCUUAGAUUGUUACAAUACUGUAUAUCUCAGGUUCACUUGGGGAAAAUGUUUUCAAAUGUUCUCUAAUAACUUCAAUUAUUGAGCUGAUAGUGGCACCUUAAUAUGAGUGAAGGCUGUUUCAGCUGGAAGUCCAGGAGGUCCUUUCAAGUUUAUUUAUUCUUCUUCUCAAGCUAUUUACAAGGUCCAUCGAUUCAGGAAGAGAUCUAACUGGUUUCUCAAUUUCUGGGUUUGUAAUCUCAGUUUUCUCCCUGUCGCCCUUCUCUGUUCUGAGAGUUACAGCCAUCCGAUGGCCAUGGAUUUUUGAUCAAGUGUUGGGGUCCUCUAGAAGAGGACUCGAUCCUAGUCACAGCUUGAUCAGACCAGGGAUUUGGGAGAUCUGAGAAUUCUCCUAUUCUGGCCAAUUGGUUUCUGCUCAGAUCUGUCCAGAUUGUUGGGGUUGUUUGUUCUGAGUUUGAGCCUUACUUUGGUUAUUGUUUACCCAUCAUUCUGUCCCUGAAUUUUCUGGUUAUCAUCAGCUACUGAAUUGUUGGAAUUUUGACAUCGAUAGGACUGAUAUCUGAUUAGUUAUUUCAGUUUUGUUAGUAUUCUAUUGUUCAUAUGUUGGAGAUGGUUUGGGUGUUCUUUGGUUUGAAAGUCCUGCAGAUUGAGACUUGGUUAGACCCCUAUCCUAGUCUACAUUGUUGUUGAAGGUGUAAGUUGUUGGAGCACGACCCUUUCUUCCAUAGACUUGCUUACAUGCUGCCAGCUUGGGGUUUUUUUGCUUUUUCUUUGGUCUGAAAUGCUAUGUGUGAUUCUUCCGGUUGCUUUGUGUUGGUGAAUUGCUUUAUUUGGUUCUUAUGAUUUGGUAUGGAAUGAAGCUACACCUUGAACGUGUAUGUGAUUUGAGUUGACUCAAGUUUUAUGGUUUACUCCCUUGCUGGGAUUUUUUUCUUUUUUUUUGGGAAAUUAUCCAGUACCACCCCUAAAAUUGAAAAUAACUUGGAGUGACCCCCAAAAAUGAAAAUAAUGUCUAGUAGACCCUCACUUUCUCAAAAUUAUAUCUAAAAAACCCAUUCCGUUAGGUUUAAGUCGUUAAGUGAUGAUGUCAUCAGUCAUUUUUUCGCUAAAUGGCCAGUCUACCCUUAUGGAUAUGUUAAGUUACUAUUAUGACCUUCGAUUACAAUCUGCUCCGACUACCUCUGCUCCGUAUACCUGCGAAGAAGAAAGGAAGAGGAAGAGGAAGAGGAAGAAGAAGGUAGCUCACGACUAUUUAUUGUCUAUUUUUUUCUUAAUUUCCUAGAAUCUUGACACCCUUUAUAAUUUAUCCUUUAUUUUAGAUGUAAAUACCCUUUCUUCCCCCGAUAACUAUCGAUCUCGGCCCUAAUUUUCUUUUUUGUCUGCGUGCUAUCUCAUUAUCGAUUAUGUAUCUCUGCGAUUGGGGUAUAGGAAUGCCAAACUCCUUAUGUUUUUUCUCGAGGCUGUGAGUCUUCUUCCUGAUUAUCUUGUAUCUCUUGUGAAGCCCUAAAGUCAUGACAAACACUUCAUUGAUCUCCUCUCACCCUCUGACAUUACGUUUCAAAAUCCUACCGCUUGAUUUCACUCUGGGUGACGACUUUGUCCCUUCAUAGAAAUCACUCUGCAUAGUAUCUUUUUUAUGGUUCCAUCUCCGAUCAUCUCUAGCGAAGCCCUAAAGACACUACAAUGGGGAAUUAAUUUCAAAUGGAUAAUGGUAUUUAUUAUUUGCGCUUCUCUGAUACAACUCUCACUCUUAGAUGAUAGGGUUUCAAAACCACACCGCCUGAGUUCGCUCUGCAUCACACCUUCAUCCCUUCUGAGAAAUCAUUGAUAGCAACCAACAAGGUAAAUUUCUUUCUAUCUUUUUACUGGGUUAAUUUAAUGUGAAGAAUAAAGAGCGGUACAACUGUUCAAGUUCCUAUGUUAGUGUUUAUGAUAUUGUUAUAUUACCUGUGAUGAUGGGCUUGGAAUACCUCUUUUCUAUGCUGCCAUUUGAAUGCGGACAGGGAAACUGCUGGAAGAGAAUUGAUAGAUAUAAGCGGGAAUCUGCUGAAUUGGCUGCUUUCUUCUUCCUCUUCACAGUAACUCUCUCAUUCACACUUUUUAAUGGAUAGGUUACAUAGAGUUGUAGCAGGCAUUGUAGAGAUUCAUUUGCGGCUUAUGGGGAUUCAACAGUGAUGAAUUGAGGUAAUUAACUUCAAUAAUUUUCUUUCUUUCAGAAGGAGAAAGAUGGGGUUUUUCUCUACCAGGGUCGCAGAUGAAGAUUUGGUGCAAAGCUACCCACCGCAACUUCUGCCUGCUGUUGUUAGUGUUAUAAUCGCCCAGCUAGGGUCGCAGCUGAACUGACGGUGAUAAUAUGUAAGGGUUUGGAAGGGUAAAAAUGAGCUCUUUUUAGAGUUUUAAGUA